AUGGAGUCCAAGCUCUACGAAGCCGCCAUGAAAGGAAACAUGCAUUCUUUGCUCAGAAACGAUAAGCUUCUUUUUGAUAAAAUCAUGAUCGGGAAUCACAAUGAGACUCCUUUGCACAUCGCAACCAUGCUUGGACACUUGGAUGUCGUGGAAGCGAUCCUAGCUCGGAAGGCUGAGUUGGCAAGAGAGCAAGAUUAUCAGAGUUCAACCCCUCUUCAUCUCGCGGCAGCAAAAGGUUACCUUGACAUAGUGGAAAGCUUGGUAAAAGUCAGACCUGAAACUCGUUUUGUCUGUGACAAAUACAAAAGAAACCCUCUUCAUGUCACGGUUAUGAAAGGGCGUGUCAAUGUGUUGAAAUGCUUGGUUCAAGUGACAACUGAUGCCCCCCGCAGUGUCGUCAAACAUGGCCAGACGAUUUUGCAUUUAUGCGUGAAGCAAAACAAACUGGAAGCUUUGAAGUUUAUGAAAGAUAUUUUGGGUGAUGAUCAGUUCAUCAACUCAAGGGACGAAGAUGGCCAUACGAUUUUGUAUUUAGCUGCUUCAAAUGGACAAAUUGAGGACCUAGAUGAGGAGCCUAAGGAGCAUGAAUCUAAUGAGGAGAUCCCUGUUGAGGAACCCAAAGAGGAGCAUGUGGAGGAGGACCCCGAGUAUGACAUCGAGUACAACCCGGAUGAGGAUCGAAAUCCUAUCCUGUCUUGUCAGACCUUGGAUUUAUAA